AUGAGAGAAGCUAUUUCUUUCGGGGAGCUGCCCAUUGAGAUAGCAUCUUACAUCUGUACCUUUCUUCAGCAACAGGAAGUUUCAAAACUUUCAGCUACUUCCAAAGCCACCUACCAGCUCUUCCGCCCAAUACUCUACCGGCAUCCCAAUGUCUCAUCUUCCACGUCCCUCACGCUUCUUUCUCGAACCUUUACCAGAGCAACAUACAUGGGAAAGGCAGAUCACAAGUGGUCAACCCAAGAGUGCCUGGAUCAAACAAAGACCUUGGAUCUUACAAUCGACCAGAUUAAAGAUAGUGCAAGAAACAAUGACCAGCCUCCAGCGGCCAUCUUGGUCUCGCGUUACAUCCAAGCUAUCGUUCGGCGAUGUCCCAACUUAGCAAUCACCCUUGGCUUUGCACAUUGCCAAUGCAAAUCCACACCCGUCUCAGGUCUUGACAGUGAAACGUUCCCUCGAGUUACCAAGCUCAUCCUCUAUGUUGGACGACACGACCCACAGGAAACCCAUGGCCGCGCUCAUACAAGUUGCGUACCGAACGCCAAAUUCUGGCGUCCUUUGGUCAACGGCGUUUCAUUCCCAGACUGUUUGAAUCUCGAAAUACGUCACUACUGGGCAACCAGUCCACCUAUGCAUGCAAGUCUCGACUUGCAGAAGCGCUACACUAACGUCUCGACCAAUUACGGCAGCUAUAAUAUGCGCAAUCCUCGUGGAAUUGCUGGCGGCAGACUUAACAGUAACUUCGUGGACACUCCAUUGAGAGCAGAUCAGAUAGUAGGCCCAACUAAAGGUCUGAAAAGGUUCGAGAGCAUUGUGCUUGAAUGUCCCCCCUGA